AUGAUUCGAAGUUUACUGCUGCUUUGUAUGCUGUUGAGUAUUGUAGCCGCUGAUCCGCUGAAGAAACGAAUAUCUAAAAAAUAUGCAGAGCCCACGCCAGUAGGAUUUUGGCCUUUGAACGAAGAUUAUAAGCUUAAAGAUGUAUCGGGCGGUCAUGCCGACGGUGUGGCAACAGGAGCAGUACUGGAUCUGACACAACGCGGUCAAUUCUGCAGUGCGUACAAGUUUGACGGUAACAAUGAAUCCUACAUCGAAUUUCCCAACUCCGAAGAUGGUACACUUGACACUAAGUACUCCAUGACGAUGAUGGCGUAUGUAUACCCAACUGGUAAGAUUGGGCCUAUUUUUCACUACGGCAGUGACACUUAUGGAAUGCUCCUAUGGCAUUCAGACUUCGUGGCUGGUGUUCAUUCGCAGACGCUGUAUAUGCCUGUGCGUAACGGAAACUCUGACAACAGCUCGCUGAUAAGCUCACCUGUCAACGGGAAUACGUGGAAUUUGCUAGCAGCUACUUACGAUUAUGAUAGCGGCACUGAAAGCCUGUACGUGAAUGGUGUGCUCGUGACCAGUAAAGUUAUUGGCUCUAUGGAGCUGAAAACUCAAUUUGAAGUGCGCAUGGGCGCAGUCACCCAUGACGACCGAUUUUUUGAAGGCUAUAUAACAUGCAUGCAGUUGUAUGACCGAGCACUGACCGCUGAUCAAAUUGUAAUGGCGGGUUUUGACAAGCACUGCCCGAAAUGUGGUCCACCACCACCACCCCCAUCUCCUACAGGACCUCCAAAUGUAAUUGGUGAUCCACAUAUGAAAACGUUUGACGGCCGCCCAUACAGUUUCCAGGGUACGUGUUGGUACACUCUCGUCAAAGACUGCAUCGACUCUCAAUUUGAAAUCACCGCUGAAUUUGUACCGCGUGAAGAUACGGGAGAUGAGAUCAAGACAAGAGCACUUAAUAUUAACGUCCGAGUAAGAGAGGAAAAUGUCCAUGUCGACAGAGACAAUACGGUGAGUGGAGAAGGUAAACACAUUAAUGUCGAGAACGAUGGCCAUAUGGUGACGCUAAGUUUCACAUUGAAGGACUCGACAUUCAAAAUGGAGUGGGUAGGAAGGAAACAUUCUUUCCAUAUAAAUUUCACUGGCUCCAGAUACCUGGGUAAGCUGUGUGGGUUACUGGGUAACGCCGAUGGGGACACCCGCAAUGACUUCCAGAAACCCGAUGGCACUGUUGUACACGAUGCUAACGAGUUUGGAGAAAGCUGGAAAGUUUUGGACAAGACGUAA